AGAGAGACAGUGAGUGUGUGUGAGACAAGCAAAGAGAGACAGAGUGUGUGUGUGAGAGAGAGACAGUGAGUGUGUGUGAGAGAGACAGUGAGUGUGUGUGAGACAUACAUAAAGAGACUGUGUGUGAGAGAGACAGUGUGUGUGAGAAAGAGAGUGAGUGUGUGUGAGAGAGUGAGUGAGUGUGUGUGAGAGACAAGCAAAGAGAGACAGUGAGUGUGUGUGAGACAUACUGAGAGAGACAGUGUGUGUGUGUGAGAGACAGUGAUUGUGUAUGAGGCAUACAGAGUGUGUGUGAGACAGUGAGUGUGUGUGAGACAAGCAAAGAGAGACAGUGUGUGUGUGUGUGUGUGAGAGAGACAGUAAGUGUGUGUGAGACAUACAGAGAGAGACAGUGAGUGUGUGCGAGACAUACAGAGAGAGACAGUGAGUGUGUGUGAGACAUACAGAGAGAGACAGUGUGUGUGUGAGAGAGGCAGUGAGUGUGUGUGAGACAUACAGAGAGAGACAGUGUGUGUGUGUGAGAGACAGUGAGUGUGUGUGAGACAUACAGAGAGAGACAGUGUGUGUGUGUGAGAGACAGUGAGUGUGUGUGAGACAUACAGAGAGAGACAGUGUGUGUGUGAGAGAGACAGUGAGUGUGUGUGAGACAUACAGAGAGAUACAGUGUGUGUGAGACAGUGAGUGUGUGUGAAACAUACAGAGAGAGAGAGAGUGAGUGUGUGAGACAUACACAGAGAGACAAUAAGUGUGUGAGACAUACACAGAGAGACAAUAAGUGUGUGAGACAUACACAGAUAGUGUGAGUUACACAGUGAGUGGGAGAUAGAAACAUAUGUAGAGCGUUAAAGUCCAACUCUGUGGCACACAGUGAGUGUAAGAGAGAGAUACAUACAUACAUAGAGAUUCAAGGUGAAUGUGAGAUACUGUGAGAUUGAGGCACACAGUGAGUGUGAGACAAAGAGUGAGAGAUACUGUGAGUUUGAGGCACAUAGUGAGUGUGAGACAGUGAGAAAAUAUGGGAUACUGUGAGUUUGUGGCACACAGUGAGUGUAAGUAUGGUAUACUGUGAGUUUGUGGCACACAGUGAGUUUGAGACAGAGUGUGAGAGUUAGUGGGAGAGAGUAUGGGAUACUGUGAGUUUGAGGCACACCGUGAGUGUGAGACAGUGAGUGUAAGAGAGUAUGGGAUACUGUGAGUUUGAGGCACACCGUGAGUGUGAGACAGUGAGUGUAAGAGAGUAUGGUAUACUGUGAUUUUAAGGCACACAGUGAGUGUGAGAGAGUAUGGUAUACUGUGAGUUUGAGGUACACAGUGAGUGUGAGAGAGUAUGGUAUACUGUGAGUUUGAGGCACACCGUGAGUGUGAGAGAGUAUGGUAUACUGUGAUUUUGAGGCACACCAUGAGUGUGAGACUGAGUGUGAGACAGUGAGUGUGAGGCACACAGUGAGUGUGAGAGAGUUAAUGUAAGACACACAGUUACAGAGAGAUACAUAUAACGAAUGAGACACUAUGUAACACACAUAUAUCUACAGAGACACAGCUGCUAAGCACCGAGUUGUGACUCAGUCCCUUGAUUCUUGUGAGUCGGCACCGUGUGUUCUGGGGCUCCAGAGGACACUACAGCCCUGAAGCAAUAACUUGUCUAUCAGUGGGUCAAGGAGCGGUCGUGUUGGGGCAUUUCUUCUUCAUGGGGUUCAGUGUGUCAGAGGAUCCAGUGGAUUAAGGAACAGAGCGGAUUUUAUCAGCAGUUCAGUCAGCUAUUGCCUGGUGGAUAUAACCAAUUCUUGGCUGUCAGACCCAGUGGAUUUAACCCAUAUUUGGCCAGUGGAUUUCACCAGUUCUAGAUAAACGGAGGAUUUAUUCUGAUCCAGCUAAAGAGGUCCAGAAACAACUCACAAUGUUUUGCCGAAACCACCGAAGUCGGGUCACCGUGGCCCGCUGCUCAGCCCUGGAGAUGGAAAUCCGUAGAGGCCGGUUUAGAAGAAGCAUGCUGUUCGACACCCCUCAGGACACAGACAUCCAGAAGCGGAUAGACCAUGAGGUGCGCAUGCGUGAGGGUGCAGUAAAGCUACUGGGCGCUUGUAGCCAGAGGGAGCAAGCACUGGAGGCAGCAAAGAGUCUUUUGGUGUGUAACAGUCGUAUAAUGACGUAUAUGUCAGAGCUUCAGCACCGCAAGGAGGAGCAAGUUCUGCAGCACAGCAGCUCACGCAGGCCAUCAGAUGCUGGCUGCACAGAGGACCGUCAGCCGUGUAAAGGAAAACUCUCCAUCUCAGAUCUUCGAAUUCCUCUCAUGUGGAAGGACAGUGAAUAUUUUAAAAACAAAGGAGAGCUUCACCGAUGUGCAGUGUUCUGUGCCCUGCAGCUCCGCGGGGAAGUGCACGAUACAGAGAUGGUUUUUAUAGAUCGGACCUCCACAGAUAUCUGCUUUGAGAACCCCAUUGUGUUCUCGGACGUAGACCCUAAGUUUGAACUGAGGCUUCAGUUGUACAGUUGUGCUGUAGAAGAAGAUUUUCUCUCUGGUACACCAAAGAAACUGGCCACCAAGUUGAGCAGUUCUCUAGGUCGUUCUUCAGGUCGGAGAAUCCGUGCUGCUUUGGAUGGGACACCAGGGAGCCCGCUGAGCAAUGGGGCAGGGGCCCCCAUACUUCUCCCUAGUCCAAGUGUGCUGGGCCCUAAGUUUCAGCUCCUGGCACAUAGACAGCUGACACUGGAUCAGGUGCAAGACGGGUUCAGAACCCACGAUCUCACUAUUAGCAGCACAGAUGACAGCCCUUUCUGGCUUCCUCUCUAUGGCAGCGUUUGUUGUCGUCUAACAGCCCAGCCAGACUGUAUGAGCCAGGAAAUGAUGUCAGGAACACUGCAGAUACAGCAGGUCAGGGAGCAGAAGAGCUGGCAGCCAAUGUUCUGUGUACUGCGCGGCUGCCGUUUGUUCUGCUACCAGCGCCCUAUGGAUGUGGAUUCAGCUACUGAAGCAGCACUGACCAUCUCUGUCAACAAGGAGACCAGGAUCCGAGCAUCAGACCGUGAGGGGCAGUCCCACACACAGAGCUUAUCUAUCACUAAUCGCUAUGGCUGUGAGGAGGUGACGCAUACGCUGAGAGCCAACAGUCGCGAGGAGCUGCGCCGCUGGAUGGAAGCUUUCUGGCAGCAUUUCUACGAUAUGAGUCAGUGGAAGCAGUGCUGUGAUGAUUUGAUGAAGAUAGAAACUCCUCCCCCAAAGAGGAUACCGGCAGGUCUCACAAAGCAGGGAUCACUGUAUCAUGAGAUGGCGCUCUCCGCUCCCCCUGCUCCCUGUGCUGAGGGUUUGUUGCUACAGGAUAAUGCAGUUUCAGCUGAAAUCCGAGCUCUGCUAUCUUCUUAUUACAGCGACAGGUGUGUACAAUGCAAGAUCCUUCUCACAUGGAUGCACAUGGGGUCUCAUGGAAAUGUGUCCCCUCUCAUGUGUACAUAAUAGGCAGAAACAGCUUAGACCUCUGUAAUAUGCAGCAUUAUCAGUGUAACAUGCAGCAUUAUCAGUGUAACUUGCAGCAUUAUCAGUGUAACAUGCAGCAUUAUCAGUGUAACAUGCAGCAUUAUCAGUGUAACAUGCAGGGAUCUGUUCUUAUUUCUAUUAUGCACAAGGAUUCACUCAUGUACAUAAGACACACAGACACCCUAUCAUGUAUGUAUACCUUCCAAGAGAGCUAUAUAUAGUUAUGUCUAGUGAUUAUGCCCCACUGAGACUAAAGCCUCAAAAACAGCAACACCAGAACUAGGGUAAUGGUCUCACACUGGAGGGAAGCAAGUGCAGAGGUAAUUUGCAGAAGCACUUCUUUACAGAAAGGCUGGUUGGUUCAUGGAAAAGACACCCAGUAGAGGUGAUACCCGGCACAAGGCUGUAAAGAGUAUACACUUCAGAAAUAAAUAUAGGCAGAAUAAAUAAUCUUCUGGUUGCUAUCUGCAUGACCAUCAGUAAGCAGAUUUUACUUGCAUAUAAUAGAACACCCAUGAGUAGUGUCAGUAUAUUAUUAUAGUUAUGUGA